CUUGCAGCGGAGACCCCCGGCCGUCCCAGCCGCGGGGCUCGGGCUGCGCUCGUGGCCGGGCCGGGCCGGGCGGGGAGGCCGGUCCCGCGGGCGGGGGCGGGGGCGGGGGCGGCUCCGCGGCUUCUCCCGCCGCCGCCGCCGCCGCCGCCAAGGGGAGUUUCCAGGAAGUGGCCAUAUUGGAUCCAUUCAGCCGCAGCCGCCCGGGCGGAGCGCGUCCCGCAGCCGGCUUGUCCCUGUCGCGGCCCCGGCGCUCGCUCCAGCCCGCCCGCCCGGCGCGGAGCUCACCAUGGCGGCUACUGACCUGGAACGCUUCUCGAAUGCAGAGCCAGAACUCCGGAGCCUCUCCCUGGGUGGCCAUGUGGGCUUCGACAGCCUCCCAGAUCAGUUGGUCAGCAAGUCAGUCACACAGGGCUUCAGCUUCAACAUCCUCUGUGUGGGGGAGACUGGCAUUGGCAAGUCUACACUAAUGAACACACUCUUCAACACAACCUUUGAGACUGAGGAAGCCAGCCACCAUGAGGACUGUGUGCGCCUGCGGCCCCAGACUUAUGAUCUUCAAGAGAGCAAUGUGCAACUCAAGUUGACCAUUGUGGAUGCUGUGGGCUUCGGGGAUCAGAUCAAUAAAGAUGAGAGUUACAGGCCCAUAGUCGACUACAUCGAUGCGCAGUUUGAAAACUAUUUACAGGAAGAGCUGAAGAUCCGCCGCUCCCUCUUUGACUACCAUGACACAAGGAUUCAUGUUUGCCUCUACUUCAUCACACCCACUGGGCAUUCCCUAAAGUCCCUGGAUCUGGUGACCAUGAAGAAACUAGACAGCAAGGUGAACAUAAUUCCUAUCAUUGCCAAGGCUGACACCAUCUCUAAGAGUGAGCUCCACAAGUUCAAGAUCAAGAUCAUGGGUGAGCUGGUCAGCAAUGGAGUCCAGAUCUACCAGUUUCCCACUGAUGAUGAGGCUGUUGCAGAGAUUAAUGCAGUCAUGAAUGCACACCUGCCCUUUGCCGUGGUGGGCAGCACUGAGGAGGUGAAGGUGGGGAACAAGUUGGUCCGAGCGCGGCAGUACCCUUGGGGAGUGGUGCAGGUGGAGAACGAGAAUCACUGUGACUUUGUGAAGCUCCGGGAGAUGUUGAUCCGAGUGAACAUGGAGGACCUCAGAGAGCAGACCCACAGUCGGCACUAUGAGCUCUAUCGGCGCUGCAAGUUGGAGGAGAUGGGCUUCCAGGACAGCGAUGGUGACAGCCAGCCCUUCAGCCUACAAGAGACAUACGAAGCCAAGAGGAAGGAGUUCCUGAGUGAACUGCAGAGGAAGGAGGAAGAGAUGAGGCAGAUGUUUGUGAAUAAAGUGAAGGAGACAGAGCUGGAGUUGAAGGAGAAGGAAAGGGAGCUCCACGAGAAGUUUGAACACCUGAAGCGGAUCCACCAGGAGGAGAAGCGCAAGGUGGAGGAGAAGCGCCGGGAACUGGAGGAGGAGACCAAUGCUUUCAACUGCAGGAAGGCUGCUGUGGAGGCCCUGCAGUCUCAGGCUUUGCAUGCCACCUCACAGCAACCUCUGAGGAAGGACAAGGACAAGAAGAAAUCUUGACCCUCAGCCUGGGACGCCACAAAAUGAAGCGAAUUCUCUGCUUUGCUCGUCACAAAUGCCAAACUGACUGCCCUUUCCCAGUGUCCAUCUUGCUGUCUUUUGCUUCUGUUUGAUUUGGUCUGCGUAUCUUUUAAUGUGUCUGUUUUUGUUUUGUUUGUUUUAUUUUUAUUUUUCAGUUAACGCACAGACUUACAUGUCAAGAGCGGACUUUAGACUUUCAUGUGUUAAGUUGCUUGAGUUACACCUUGUGACCCUUCUCCCAUAACAUGGUGUGAGGAUGGACUGGGAGCCGGUACAGACUCCAGUGUUUACAGCCUUGCCUUGCCCCCACCCUAGCCCUGGCCCCAGGCUGUUCCUGGGGCUGGCUGGUCAGCCACCCUUCUCUAUGCAAAACGUCUAAGCCAUGAAUGCUGGAACCCAAAACUGAUGAGGUUUAUUUUUUUCAGAGCCAGUGGCUGGUCUUCCAUUUACAGUGUCACUAUUCCUUGAUGGAGCAGUUAUGUGCCGCUCUAGUGAAGGCCCCCGCUGGCGAUGCUAGGCCUAAUUGUUCAGCGUCAAGAUGGCAACUCACGUGGUGCCCUAGUUGUGCCCUAUGGUCUGGUAUACAUGCUACAAAAUUUUCCCAACUCCCCUUCAUUUUAAUUUUUCUAACCUAGAGUUUAAUUUCAAUAAUAACUUUGAAACACUUCUAAAUUUUUAUUUUGGCACCAGCAUAAAGACAUAAUAUCCUCUCCCAUUAUUUUCUUAAGUAACACAGAUUCCCUGAUUUUUAAAAACUAAAAAUAUAUCUAAACCUUUCUUAUGUAUAAAGUACCCUAUAAUAUAUAGGGAGAGGUGGGUAAUAAACUUCCUGUAAUGACAGUGUUUGGAAUUUCUUUAUGGAUGAAAGUGGAACAUGAACACGACCACAUCCAGCAUUUAUUUUUUUCACUAUGAAUGUAAAUGGAAUAGCAGCCCAAAGCCAUUGUCUCUGGACUCCAAAGGUGCUACCUGUGAACAGGGCCAACUCCAUGUAUGUGUGUUCAGUGUUUGACUCCAAAUAAGACUCCCAAACCAGUCCUGCAUAUACCAAAUACAAAGAGUGCUCAGUGAGAAAGAGGCUAUUACCUCAAGGUCAUUGUUUCUUCUUUCCUGACUUAGUCACAGGAUACCUAUGAUGAUGAAGGUACCUGAUGCAUUAGGACAAUUUGACAAGAACUAGCAACUAAGAGCUUUUUCCCCUCCAGCUGCAUUCUCUAGGGGGAAAAUUUUAAGAAAGUACUAGUAUCAUUGGUUCUUCUAUGGUCAUGGUGGUUUAAAAGUCACUGGAAAUAUCAGAGUUGAAAACAUGGCCUAGUAAAGUGGGGUUGAGGGGUGAAAACUGAUUUCUUCAACAUUACUGCAGUACUGUGUUGGGUGUUGAGCGCAUGGUUCUCCCCUGGAGGAGCCUACUGCCUGGCAUCCCCUACUGGGAGCCUAAGGAGUCUGGGUUGGUGGUUUUCUAUUACCCCACCCACACACCCUUCUUCCUCCCAUCACCAUUUUCCACUUUCUACCAAGCCUGCCGCACUGAUUUCCAGGACCAAGUCUGGGCUUCCUCCUGCCCUUCCAAGAUAAUGAUCCAUUCAGAGUGAGGUGGAGGGUUAUGCUGAUGUGUAUCCCACUGAAGCACAGCCAGAAAGGAGUAGCCUUUGCCCAAGGGGCUCCCUGUACUGAGAGUAUAGCAGAUUUUAUUGAUGCUUCCAGUGAAAAUCCUCCCAAGUGGUGUGCCACGAAGGGGCAGAUCCUAAUUUUUGCAAGGCUGGAAGUUUGGACUGUUCAGGCAGACUAUUUUAGGAAAAAGAGUAUGUAUGUAAAAUUAGAUAUGGGGCCCUGAAGAUUAAGCUUCAUUGACUUCACAAUAAAACUUCCUCUGGCUGUGUUGGAGAAAUGAUGCUUCCAUGGGGAUAUCUGAAGAGGUAAGCCAGCACAUUCAGGGCAGCACAUUCUGCGUUUCAGCAGGCCCUCUUCAGGAUUCUGUCUGAAAGUGGAUUCACUUGGGUCAAAUUUUGACCUUCAAAAUAGCCUCACCUGGCUAAUGUACUCCUGAUGAUGAGGUUCAAUCCAGAAGGUCAUGAGCUCAAUAGCUCAUAGGUCAACCUGGGGACUCUGGAGUGGGCAGUCUGCCACCUGUCCACUGCAGUUUGCCAGUUCCUCCCCCCAACCCCGGGCACACUGGAAGGCCAUAGUUGUGGCCGGUUGCCUGUUUGUGGAUCCAAGACUUCCUAGGAUCUCUGAGGGGAUUUUCUGGGGUCUGAGCUACCUCCAUAGGUUCCAUCAGCUGUGGCAAGCUUCAUUGUAUCUCUGCCCUGCUGUAUUUGGAAUUUUGCCAUCUUUAGCUGAUACUAAAUCAUGAGGUGAGCAUAAAACUUGAUUUAAUAAGCCACCCAUUUGCAGAUCCAUUUACCUUUUUUGUCAUCUCUUGGCAUUACUAGGACUGUCAUAUAGGAUCAUGUUGGCAUUUACUGUCAUGCCUUUCCUUAAUCAUUUUGGCUUGUGGUAGAAUCGCCAUAUAAUUUAUUGUCCAAAUGCUGUUAAUAAUUAUGCCAGGUCACAGCCAUAAAGCAGACAUGUCCCAGGCAAACCAGGAAGAGUGGUCCCCCACCCUGAAUCUUGGUGGCUUGUGAUUGUGCAGAAUGAUUGCAUGUGUGUUUGUGUAUGUCUAUGUGAGAGCUUACAUUACUGGAUAAGAGGCCUGAGGGAAGCUGGCUUGCUCAUCUGUUAUGUUAACAUGCUUUUCUAAAACUGCUUCACUUGUUAAUUCAUUUACUCCUUCAUUCAUUGACUGUUUUUGUUCCUUUUGAUUCACUUUGUACUUUUUUUUCAUUAAAU